CAAUUGCUCGAACAAAAGGAUGCUACCCACCACGCGGCAACUACACAGAAUUCCGAGAGCCAGCGAUUCGUACAGCAAGUCGCCAGGCGUUUGGGGUUGAUGAAAACUAAUCCGGACUACUCAGAAAUAUUGGAACAGCUUGGUCAACGACUGGACAAGGCGGCCUUGACAGAGAUGCAGCACGCACAGACUGAAACGCAAUUGCACAAGGCGCUACGCGAUUUGGAAGCGAUCCAGUCCAGUACGAAAGAGUUGACCAAACGGUACGAGGAGAACGUGGUCGAUAGAAAAAUGCUAGGCGAGGUAAUUCCCAUUCACGGCUGCUGUGAAACAGUUCAGUUUUUUCUGCGAAUGCAGAGCAAAGUUGUUUGUGGACGACAGGUGACAGCAAGUUUUUCAUACUAG